AUGUUCUCUCUUCAGCUACAGGUUCUCAUGUCGGUAAGAGAAUUUGAGCAGAUAUCCUUCCGCGCCCAGGAGGCUGCGAUGGAGGACCGCCCCACAAUCAUCAACGUGGACGGCACGGCUGCGCAAAAGGCCCUCUUUUACCAGCACAAGGAAUACCUAGAAGCCGAUGAGCAAACUUUGGACGCCCUUAUCUUGUCCAUUCACACUGGGGCUCAGCAUGACCCACAGUUUGACCAGUGGACGACGAAACUCUCGGUCGGGAAGAUCAGUAACGAGACUCUGACCGCCCACGUGAGAUCGAUGGAGGCCAGCAUCGCCCAUCUCGUGUCCAGUGUCACCGACAUGCAGAAUCUUCUCCUCCGCCUGUACCACGAACGCGAUGAGCUCGUCAAAUACGUCACUGGCAACGAUGCUUCUAGCCUUCAACAGAUUCUUCACGACAGUCAUCAAAAUAUCACUCAGCUGAGAAACGAGAUCACGCUUCACAUUGCCUAUCAGGAGGAACUUCUCGUGCUGCGGACAGGCCACGUCACUGCACUCAUCGAAUACCUUGCCGACAGCGACGCCAUCGCCACUAGGAUGACGACCAAGGUGGAGCACCUUCGCACCUUGUCCUCCGCCUGUACUACCCGCAAGUGA